AAUGCCAAGAAUCGAAAUUCUCAGGCACAAAACAGUGGUCUACUCUCCGGAGUUGCGAGCAAAGCAACGGAAAUUGGACAAAAAUCUUGGGGUGGUAUCUCCCAGUUUGUGAAAUCGCCAUCUUUACAGGGUCUAGGAAAUUUACUACCCAAAACUGGUUAUGAGGAAAUGUCAACACCAACAGAGCAGUCAUCGUGUACAUCAACAAAUAAUAAAAGUUACGAAUCUGGUAUGAGUACUACAUCUUUCAAUAAGCAAUGCGGACAAGCGGGUGAUGCUUUCUUUUCCCUAGCAGAGUCUGGAGUUGAAACGAAGAAAAGCACCGUUCCGGAAAAGAAGAUGACAUCGAAGUCUGCAUCCAAUUUAGCAAACACGCCAGCUUCGGAGCAACAAAUGCCAGCAACAUCAGAAGAUUCAACAAUAACGCAGUUUGAGGCGUCGUUUAGCAAACCACGAACAACAGCCAUGACUAAGUCAAAGAAGGCAGCACAACCAACAAAAGAUUGGGAUGACGACGCAUGGGCUAUCUUGAACAGCUGA